AUGUUCCUGAAGAAGGAAACAGGUGCUAGUGGUCAUUACAAUAUGCGCAUGAUACUAGUGACACCCGCAUUGUUGUGCCUCUGUCUCCUAUCAUUUAGUAAUUUAACUAUCACAUCAUUCGCCCUAGACGAACCCCAGUGGUGGAAAGUUUACUGGAUUCAUUCUUCACUUCUUGAGGUGAAAGGAUUAUUGGAUAAGCCAUUAUACCGUAUUCUGCAGAAAGAUCCCGUUUUGAUUGAUGUCCUGAAAGAGGCACUACAAGAUACACUAUUUGAGUGUUCACGACAAUCAGUCAUCCAUCACUGGAAAUGCAACGUUGAUGGAGCACCCCGGAAGACCCUUUUCUCCAGUGUUGCUUCAUUCGGCAACGCCGCCGCUGUGCGCGCAAUAGCUCAUGCAUGUGCUCGUGGACGCCUUCGAUCAUGUUCUUGUGAUCCGGCAAGGAUUGGUCCAGUACAUGCAGAUCAACGUGACACAUGGGCAAGAUGCAGUGUUGACCGAGGAUCCGACAAUUUACGAUAUGCUAUAAAAUUGUCGAAACGUUUGAUUGAUCGUCAAUUUGCUUGUUCUUACUCCGAUAGAGUGGCACAAAUCUAUUUACACAACAUUGCUGUUGGUCGAUCGGUAAAUGCUUACAUAUGUAAACCUUGUGAACGUGUUGCCUUGCAUAUCAAAUGUCACUGCGUUUCGGCUUUUGGGAGCUGUCGACGACGGCAUUGUGAGGCGAAAGUGGUACCAUUCGAAACGACUGGUGAUGCCAUUAUGGAAUCAUUGUUGCGGUCGCGUCGUAUCCGACGCUCCAACAAUUUACCAACCUCACGGAUCACGUGCCUAAGACUACGAAACGAGCGGAACAUGCGGCACAAAGUGGUACCAUUGUGGUUUAUUGAUACUCGAAACUGGACAAUGCGUAAUGGAAAACCUCGUCAACGAUCAAAAGUUUAA